GUGUGAGCCCGACGACUCGAAAGUCUGGAAUUCCAACCGACAGAACAGUGCCGGCGUUCGUGCGACGCGGGUCUCGAGGUACGUGAGAGUUUACGAUUGAGAAACUUGGUGUAUACCUAAAUUCAACAAGAGGGAGGAUAGAAAAUACAAGAUAAAGAGAGAAGGAAAUAACGACAAGUGAGGGAGACUUUAAGUGGGCAAGUGAAUACAACAUAGGGAGAGUGCGCGAGUUUCGUUGGUUGUUUACGAGCGCGGGAGUUAAAAAACAGUCAAGGAUUCUUCCUCUUAUUAUUCUUGUUCUUCUUUACUUCUUGUUCUGUAUUGCGUGAUCAUAACAGUUGGUUGGUGAGCGCGUGAUCACCGGUAUAGACUGUUACUAAAACUGAGUAAAUAAUUUAAAUGAUAACGCCGUUAAUAGUGAUAAUUAGUGAAUUUUAUUUGUGACAUUAAGACAAUUUAUUAACAAUAAUAAUUAAAUUUCAUAAACAAAACCCGAAGAAUUGUGUAUUAACUUCAAUAUAUAUGUAUAUAUUUGGAGUCUUGAUAAUCUCUAUACAAUAAUUGAAUUGAGAUUAUCAUCAAAAUGUAAUCUCUUGAACAGCUUAAGAUAUUUAUUUAUUUAUUUUUUUUUUAAUUUUAUAUUUAUUUUGUUCAUUUAUCAGUUGGUAACUUUUGGCUUGUUAGCCGAACGUACAGUGAUUCGCGAACGAUUACUAUUGAGUGGUUACCGGGUGUAAUUUUGAACACGCGGAGCCAAGAACGAUGCCGUCCGUAUCCGUUGGAAUCACCAUUCGAUCGAACGUGACGUUGAUGCUUUGGACAUUAAUAGAUGAAUAUCGUGUGAUCAUAUGAUAAAUGUAGAACGUAAAGUACUCUAUUUUUUUUUUUAGUUUGAUUUUUUUUUUCGUUUUUCAUUUAUUAGUGUAUGGUGAUUUAAUUAUGACCUGUGAUAUUAAUAAUAUACUCCAAAUAUAGACAGUAGUAAGGCGUUUGUGAGUGCUCUGGGAGAGCGUCGGUCGGCUCGGAAACGAGCCUGUAACAAUAAACAAAACUAUUAUCUACAUUGACUGCUAAUGCGAUUCAGUACGAGUCUAGGUAGUGUUUAAAUAGUAUUCUGUUUACAAUGGGUAUUAUAGUGUAAUUGUGUUUACGUGCUUAUACAUUAAUACAAUAUAUGUAUAUAUAUAUUAUAAAUAUAUAUACAUAUAUAUUUAUAAGACAAUAUGAGUGAAAUGACGAGUGUAGAGCAGCAGCAGCAGCAGCAACAGCAGCAGCAAUAUGUUGGUGGCAGCUCAAAUUCAGAGCAUCACUGUAAAGACUGUCGAUUAACCUUCGAGAGCGGCAAAAGUCUUGAGGUACAUUUACGGUAUCAUCACGAAAAUCUGCUGAAUCAGUGGGCCAUUCAGGCUCAACAGGAGGAGAGCAAUAAUAAUAAUAGCAAAGCUGGUAAUCACAACAGUCACGUUAAACGCGAUAGUAUAACUGCGCCAGCUGAUUCAAGUGAAUCUUCAUCACGGCCACCGUCCUCAAAUCCUACGCCUUCUCAACACCAACAGCAGCAGCAGCAGCAGCAGCAACAACAACAGCAACAAACUGCCCAGACGGCUACAUCAUCUCAACAGCAACCACCACCCGGUGUGCAAGGUUAUAAUCACUUUCCGACACCGAUGUUUAGUGAAACGGGUUACUUUAUGCAUAAUGAACAAGCUUAUAUGCUACCAGGACAUCAUUACUCACCCACCCACGAUGAUAGUCCAAACAACAGUAGCAGCAAUUAUGCUCCAAGGUAUCAUCCGUACCAGCAUUCACAUCAUUAUCCGGGUGAUCGAGCUAACUCAGUAAGUUCAACGAGUCCACGCAGUCCAUUACAGUGUGACAAGUGUGGAGGAGUAUUUGAUGAUGCCAACCAACUCGCUGAACAUGUUCGUGCUAAUCAUCAAACUUCGCCGAGUGGAUAUCCGGGACAACAACAGUAUCAACAGAUUGGUGGAAGUCCGCAGCAAUCGCAACAGCAGUUACAUACGUCACCUUCACAAAAUAAUCAACAGCCACAGCCAUCAUCUCAAUCAAGCUUUGAUUAUAGUAGAGGUAGUGUAACAAUUAAAUCAGAGAUAAAACAGGAAACAGAAGAAGCUGAAAUUCUGGAUCUUGAUUCGCAUAAAGUACAAACUCACAGAUACGAAGAACAGUUAAUAAGGUAUCAACAUCAAGAAUUGCAAAUGCUUCAACAACAGCAGCAGCAUCCAAUACAGCAUCCGAGAAAUCCUCCUCAUUCUGUAAGCUCCAUGCUUGGGUGGCCACCAGGACAACCGCACGAAUAUCAUCCAGGUAUGUCACCAUUGGGUCCUAUGGACAGUGUAUCACCGAUUCCAGAUCAAAGUACAUUUAUGCGUGGGCAACAUAUGCCAGUAGAACCACCUCGACAUGCUGGAUCGCCAAUUAUAACAAGCACUCAACCUAUGCCAGGUCAUCCAAUGCCAGGAAGUUUAUUACAGCAAGCUCAAAAACCUCCUAUAGUAGCUAAUCAGUCGUGGAAGAGCAAUGAGGCGCGUAGACCAAAGACCUACAACUGUACUGCAUGCAACAAGUGGUUUACAAGUUCGGGCCAUUUAAAGCGACAUUACAAUACAACGUUACAUAAAAACGCUGUAAAACAGAGCAACCAACCAGAUCCUGCAAAUAUGCCAAUCAGUGCUCAUCAUCAUCCCGGUAGAGAUAACAAUAGAGGAGGGGGAGGAGGAUCAUCGAGGUCGCCGGAGUUGUCCACUUCAGCGAGUCCCCCAAACUUGAUGGCAGGUCCCUUGGGCGAGGCGGCGAGGGGCCUGCUCCACACGCCCACCAAUCUCUACACCACCAAUCAUUCCAGCAACAGCAGCACCAACAGCAACAGCAGCGACUCUUCAGCAACGGUGUUACCGCAGCAGCCGCCGUCCCAACAGCCGACAUCUACAACGGCUCACAUGGGCCCAACAAUGGCGGGACUCAAUUCCCCAACGCAAUCUCCAAUGGCGGGACACCAUCACCAGCAAAUGGGUUCUCCAUCACCCCAGUUGGGCCAACACCACCUAUCAAUAGGUUCACCACCUCAAAUGUCGGUCCACCACUCCAUGAGUUCGCCCAUGUCACCCAUGCAGCCACCACCGCCUCCACAUCACCUGAGUUCGCCUUCGUCAAUGGGAUCCCAACACAUGAGUUCCCCAUCGCCCAUGAUGGUGGGAAUGCCCCCAAUGGGUUCACCACCAAUGGGGGGUACUUCGAUGCCUCAUCAGCCGUACCCAAACGAUUUGCCCCCCCACGUUACAACUACUACCAGCAUCCCGGGCCUGCUGGACUCUAUCAACCAACAAACUAUUAUUGGCAAUGAAGUAACAAGUCAAUCAAUUCUUCAUGAGUCACAAUUACCCGGGUUUGCUACUAUUAAUCAUCCAAGACCUCUGCCAAAGCAGAGCUUUUUUCAAUACCAUGUAACCGAUUAUUUAGUUGGCCCAAACCAACCUCAGGCCAUUAACGUGGGGGGGCUAAGACCAGAGGAUGAAAUUCCUCAUGACAGGUCAUUCAGCUCAGCUAGUGCGAUUUACGAUCCAUAUAAUUCACCACCAAGGUAUGAACCUCUGAUGUCUAUUGAGCAUCAACAGCAAUCACAUACCGAUGAUAUUAUUAUAAAACAUUAUGAAAUGUUGCAUACCAAUUCUACUUAUCAAGAUCAUCAUGUUGAUGAACAAAAUAACAAUGAUAUUCCUCAUUAUCAAGGCAAAGAAGAAAUAAAUCCUAACAUUGGUAAACAAAAUCAAAAUGAAAAAAAAAAACGAAAAACGACUCCAGUACAGGAAACAACAAAAGAACAUCAAGUCACCAGUUCAGAUACAAAUUUUAUAUCUCAAGAGGGUUUAAUCACCUGUGUCAAGUGCAACAAAGUUUUUAAUAAGACCUGUUACUUGACACAACAUAACAAGAGCUUCCACUCUGGCGAGAAGCCCUACAAAUGCAGUCAAUGCGGCAAACGGUUUCCCCAUGAGGACGCGCAUGCCGAGCACCUGCGAAAGCAUGCUGGUGAGAAACCUUACAAGUGCGAAAUUUGCCCGAAGCAGUUCAAUCAUAAAACAGACCUCAGGCGGCAUAAUUGUCUCCACACUGGCGAAAAACCUUUCGCAUGUGAAAUGUGCGGCAAAGGAUUCAUUAGAAAAGACCACAUGAUGAAACACGUUUUAACGCACAAAAAAAAAGCUAUGAAUAAUCUACGUUUACGAUAAACAAUUAUUACCAGUCGUCAACUAGAGAUCAUCUUUGUUGUUGUAGGUAUCUAUUUAAUUGCAUUUUUAUAAAUCUUUAAAUCAUUUAUUUUUUACAUACUCGCAGUUAUUUCUUUUUAAUUAUAUAUUUGCAUAAAUAUAAUUUUUUUUUCUCAAUAUUAAUUCUGAAUAUUUAAAAAAAUAAAAUAUUAAUUAUAUCAGUAAUAAAUGUUACUUACGACCGUGUUUAUUGCAACUAAUUAUUUUAUCAGUUCUCAUUGAAAUAUCAUUACUAAUUAUUGAUGCUUCAAUGAUUACUCGUAUCCAGUUGCCAUGGCCGUAAGUUUAACUAAAACUACUUUAAUUGCUCAAUGAUAAUUAUUUAUUGUCAACUCAAUGGUAUUAUUAUUAUUAUUAUUACUAUUAUUAUUAUUGAUAUUUUUUUCUAUAUAUAAUUAAAAAGAAAGCAAAGAAAAAUUUAUAAAUUAAAAGUGGUGGACACAAAAUGCUGUAGUUUAAUAAAAAUAAUUUUUAUUAUUAUUGCGAUAUUCAGAAUCAAACAAAGUUAAAUAAAUAUUAUUAGGUUUGAUUCAGCAAAUCGGAUUACAGUAGCAGUAUUUUGUCCAGCUCAAUAUAAUUUUGAAUUGAUUGUAAAUCGCAAAAAUGAAUAAAUAAAUAAAUAAAUAAAUAAUUCAAUAAAUGAAUGAAUGAAUGAAUGAUUAAUAGUUAUUGAAUUGAUGAUAUUAAACCUUCGAAGCUUAUCGACUGUACAAAAUACGUUAAUUGUAUAGGCAUAUUAUUAAUAUUAUUAUGAUUAUUAUAUUAUUGUAAUUACUAAAAUAAUGUGAUCGACUAGAAACAGAUUAUUAAAUUUAACUCAUAAUAUUCGUAUUUUAUAGCGUAUAUAAAUAUAUUUAUAGUAUAGUUAUACAAAAAUAUAUAUAUACAUUUAGGACAAAAAAAGAGAUAAUUAUAAAUUAAAAAAUAUAUAAAAGAGAACUAACAAAAUAUGAUAUUAAAAGCAAUGUGAAAACGAACAAAACGAUCGCAUGUUGAAUUUUGGGUUAUAUUUUUCGUUAAAUUAUUUUAUAACAUAAAUAAAAGUAUUAUCAAUAUUUAAUUAAUUAUUUAUUAACAUUUAUUAUAUUAAAAAGAAAAAAAGUAAGAAAAAAAAAAUUUAUUUAACUAAUUCUUUUGAAUUACAAACUUGAAUAUUUUUUAUUAAUUAACACAUACAUUUUAAAUACAGUAUUUACAUAUACAUUCCACUAUACGGUGAUAUACAGCUGUUGUCAUGUACGUUUUCACAUUGAACUCUCUUUUUUUGUAACCUAAAGUAGCCUAAGUGACAACAUGUGAGUAUCUCGAAGAGAAAAUAAGUAACUAAAUUAAAUUUUAACUUUAAAAAUAAAUAAAAUAAAAAUAUAUGAAUUUCAUUUCAUUUAAAAUAACUUCUUCGAGAAAUUCACAGGGCCAUGUGAAUAAAAAUAAAACAAAUGAUAAAUUUGCCGUAAUAAUUUACACAAUUGUUUCUGUUAGUCAUUAAUUAAUUAUUGGCUGAUUGAAUUUGAUUAUUUAAUUGUUUAUUAUUAUUAACGAAAAUAAAUAACGCAGGAAUUGUUAUGUUUAUUGUUCGACGGCGGUUCGCCAUUAUUUGUCUCGUUGUUACUUGAAGCCGAUCUUUUUUAAUAUAAUGCUCACUUGUUUCCUCCAGUCAUUAAGUUUUUUUUAUUAUCUUUAUACUAUUCACUUAAUAAUUUUUAAAUAAUGUUUAUUGUAAUUGUUUCGGCUUAUUUUAUUAUUAUUAUUAUUAUUAUUAUUAUUAUUAUUAUUAUUGUUAUUAUUAUUAUUACUAUUAUUAUUAUUAUUAUUAUUAUUACUAUUAUUAUUAUUAUUAUUAUUAUUAUUAUUAUUAUUAUUAUUAUUAUUAUUAUUAUUAUUAUUAUUAUUAUUACGAGUCUCGCCCUUUUUAUCUAUUAUUUGUUAAUUAAGCCACAAUAACAUAUAUAUAUAUUUAUGUGGGAUGAGAUCUGUCAAUUGUAAAUAACAGUGUUUUCAUUAUAAUUUUUUAAUUUAAAUAUAAAUACAAAUAAAUUUAGUUUCUUGCCAUUUUUUAAUACAUAAAGUCCCAGAACAGACUACCUCAGAGUUCAGGAAUUAUUGAUGAGAGAAGAGAGAAAUAAAAUGAUUAAAUAACCAAUGCAAUAAUAAUAAAAUAAUAUAAAAAAAAAAAAAUAAGUACAGAAAUAUAUCGUAAGGGCGAAUUGUGAUUUUUUCUGUUUAUCCAUUAUAAAAUUUUUCAUUAAUUCAAUGUAAAAAAAAUAAUUAAUGAUUAAAUAAAAUUGUUUUAAAAAUACAUCACAUUUAUUUUAGUUAAGUAUAAAUAUAUAUGAACUGAAUAAGUAAUUUGAUUAUUUUGUUUUUUUUUUAUUUUUAUGGACAAUAGAUAAAUAAGUUUGAUCGCCCGCCGAUAAUUGUUUUAAUAAGAGUUAUUAAAAUAGAUGUGAAAAAUAAUAAUAAAAUUUUAUAUAAAUAGAUCGACGUACAUUAGAGACAUAUCAAACAGUAUUACUGUAUACUCAGUUUAAUUAAAUAAUAAUAAUAAUAAUAAAAAAUAAGGGUUAAUUAAGAUCAACACAAUCGAUACAUAUUUUUAAUUCAUAUCAAUAAUUAAGAUGUUUUUUUAUAUAAAAAUAAUAAAGAAAUAAAAAAAAAUAAUAAUUAUGAUGAUAAUAAGAUAAUUACAUUGUGAAUGUUAUUGUGCGAAGUAAUUUUUAAUAGAUAUGAAUAACAUGAUCGGGAUUCAGAAUACGGGCAUUCGUAUAUAGAAAUUAUAGGAUUUUAUUAUUAUGUAAUGCGUGAUAAAUUUUAACACGUUGACAUGAAGAGUAACAGAUAAAUUUUAAAAUAAAAAAAUAAAUUGAAUUGAGAGAAGAAAAAUUAAUAAUCCAUUUGUUUAAUAUUAUAUUUAUAUAAAUAUAUAUAUUAUAUAAACGACCAGCAUUUCAAUCUCACUGAAAUAAAGUGAAAUUUUUUUGUUAAAUACUGAUAAUACCAAACUACCAUUGGUUGUGCCAAAAUGUAAUGUUUAUAUUUUUUUUUUUUUUUUAAGUUCUCUUCAAUGCUCCGAACGUAAUUUAGUGAUUGAGGGCAUUUAAAUAUCUCAUUUUCACCAUGAAUUUUUUUAUAAUACUAUACAGUAUUGUAAAUCCGUCUUUUCUGUAUUUUUUAUUAUUAUUAUUUGUAAAUUUAUCGAACAAUUUUUUUUUUUUUUCGGUGUGCUAAAAGUUAGACGGACUUAAUUUUAAAUAAAUAUGAAAAUAAAAAUAAUAACAGUUGUAUCUUCACUUGUGCCAUAAUUAUGUGUAACGAAAAAAAAAAAAAAAAAAAAUUAAUAAAUAAAUAAUAAAAGUAAUUGUAAAUUUUUUAAUUCAUGGUGAUUAUUAAAAUAAAAAAUAUUAUUAAUUAAUUAAUUAUUUGAAUAAAUUAAUAAAUUACAAUAUAAUUUUAAUAGCUACUGAUUUUAAAGUUUUUGUUAAUGUAAAAAAAAACCGUUCCAACAAUCGGACAGAAUAGCUAUAAAAAAAAAAGUGUUUUUGUAUAAUUAUUCGAAUUGUAUUAUUUUACGUGCGUUUAAUUCUGUUUUUAUAAAUAUAUUUUAUUUCAUGAAACAUAUAAUUAUGAUUAUUUAUUUAUUAUUUUCCUUUCUUCCUUUUAUUUUAUCUGUAUAUAUAUAUAUAUUUUUAUAAUUUAAUAGAUUAUAUAUUGUGGCUAUACGUCGAUCAAAUAUGAUAUAAAUAUAAUUAAUAAAUAAUUAAAUACUGAGCUACUUUAUUCACUUAACGAAAUAAUAUUUCGUAAAAUAAAAGCAUAAGUGGAGUUCUUAUUGCAAGGUAAUGAUGGGCAUUCGUAUUUUAAUAAAAAUAUUUCAGACUUGAAUAAAGUAAUUUUAAAUUAAAUAAUAAUAAUCAUAAUUUUCAUCAAAAUUUAUAAAUUUUUAUUUAUUAUAAAUAUAUAAAUAAUAAUAUUGCCCAUAAAAUAAGUCAAAUCUUACGAUGUCUUUGUUAUUAUUAAUAGUUUUAGGCAAUAUCUACCUGAUGAUAAAGCAAUAUUGAGCGAUUUAUUUACAAUUGAUUAAUUUACAAAAAUAAAAUUUCACGAUGUUAGGGUUAGUUCAUUCUAUAUAUGCUAUGCGUCUUUUAGCUAAAUUUCUAUGUUUUUAAAUUCGUUGUGAACGAAUUGUUCUUUUGGAAUACAUAUAUUAUAUAUUCAAAUUUAAAAUAAAUGGAAAUAACAAAAAAAAAAAAAAAAAAAAAAAAAAAAAAUUAAUGAUAUAAUAUAAAUAAAAGAGAUGCCAAUCAACGAGCUGCGUGGCGGCUGAUAUUAGUCUCAUAAAUAUGGCACUUAGAUUACAUCAGUCUCGUUCACCAUUAUAAAUGACGGACUUAAUUGUGUCGAUUAUACGUCAAAGAAAAAAAUUAAGUAUAACAAAAGUAUGAAAAUAAAAAAAAUUACAAAUUCGAAGUAGCUUAUAAUUAGUUAAAAUUAUCUCUGAUUUAGCUUAAUACUUUUCUGAUGCUAUCGAUCAAUUAAGUAUAUCAAUUAUUAACUUUACAUCGUAUGUAUUAGAACUACAAUUUUAUAUAUCCAUGUCUUCAUAACUAAAGGCGACACUUUGGUUUUUUAUUAAAUAAUUUUGAUAAUCAUAUUCUAUUCUAUGUAUUAAAUCCUUCAAUAAAAUUUUACAAAUUGAAUUUAAAAAAAAAAAUGAAUCAGAAAAAUUUAAUUUCGUAGGAAAUAUAAAAUCACUGCCGCCACGAUUUAAUAACGAAAAAAAAAAAAAAUAAUAAUAAUAAUAAUUAUAAUAAUAAUACUAUUACUAAUAAUAAUAAUAAAUGAAUAAGUUAUUAAAAAGUAAAGUAAAAAAAAAUAGAUAAUUAUUGAUCAUUAUAUAGAAACAAUAAAGUUAAAUAAAAUAAAAACGAUGUAUGAAAACAUUGUGAAUUAUGUAUUUUGACGAUGCCAUACACAAGUACCUCAUGAUGCAAAACACAUGUACAAAUGUUCAUACGAUUUCAAAAUGAUAGCUAAUUAAUAAAUAAUUGAUACAUCCAAAAUAUAAUGUUUAAAUA